AUGAAAGUCUUCACCGAUCCGCUGUGGACCUGGGAAAGAGCUGCCCUCAACUUCCUCACGAUGACAUUCGAUGUGGAGCUGACAUACGUCACGAUUAUACUGUUCUACUUGAGGUGUAAAUUUGACAAAUGGAUUGGAGCUUUGGGAUCCACUAGAAGCAUGAUUGCUAAGGUCCGGAGAUUCGCGAAGAACAUCAUUUGUCUGAACAGAAUGCAUUCGGAGAAACUUAGCGCUUGCGGCGUGUUCACUGUAGACGGCGAGCUGCCUCUGCGACUCGUUGCACUGAUUGCCGAUUACACUGUUGUCCUGUUGCAAUUCGCCUUCCUG